CCGGGUGUGGUGGUGGGUACAUAUAAUCUCAGCUACUCAGGAGGCUGAGGCAGGAGAAUUGCUUGAACCCAGGAGACAGAGGUUGCAGUGACACGAGAUCACACCACGCCACUACACUCCGGCCUGGGCGACAGAGUGAGACUCUGUCUCAAAAAAAAAAAAAAAAGAAAAAAAGAAAAAAUGAGUAGACUGAGGGAUAAGGUGUGAGGAACCCUUCGCCAUGCCACCAACAGCCUUUCUUUCCAAAUUCCUGACCACUGCAGGACGUCAAGCCCUCUCCGUGUUCCAGUGUGGCCUGGUCCAGUCACCCCUCCUGCUCUGAGGCACGAGGAUCGUUCCUUUGGCCACUAAGAAUGCAAUUCCCUUUUGUCCAAGAGGAAGAAGAAAGAAAGGCCCAUUAGUACAGGGAGAUGCCAGUGCCAGCUCUGGAAAGCCAGGAGCAAGUUCUUCUUAAAUUCCAAUGUCCUCUGACGAGGGCAUGUCCUGCUGGUUUCUUAUUUAAACAAUAGGUUUGCGGAUCUUUGACUCAUUUAACUUACUGAUAGGGGAAAAUGGAUCAGGGAGGAUGCCGAAGCUGGCCAGGGCAAUGGCCAAGAAUCUGUCAUUCUGGCCCCUCUCAGGCGCUUGCCUUACCUCUCCUCUCUGCACUACGUCCCCCCAGGGGGAGGGGCCUAGGGCACUAUCCAAUCGGGUUCUGAGGGCGGGGCCAUGCCAACAGUCCAAUCAGGCGUGCUGUAGGGCAGCAGGCGGGGCGACGCGCCGAAGCCCGUGGGUUUGGUUUUUUUUCCCCCUCGCCUUGGCGCCGUCGGGUUGUUCUCGGCUUCUCUGAGAGUGCUGAGGGUGUGUCAGCUCAGAUUGUGUCGCGAUUUGCCCUGCUCUGGCCAGGAGAGCCACAAGGAGGAUGCCGGGACACCCUGGAGUCCAGGAAAUGGACUCAGUGACCUUUGAAGAUGUGGCUGUGAACUUCACCCAGGAAGAAUGGGCUUUGCUGGAUCCUUCCCAGAAAAAACUCUACAGAGAUGUGAUGUGGGAAACCUUCAGGAACCUGGCCGCUAUAGGAACAAAACAAAAAGAAUGGAACAUUGAAGAGCAGUACAAAAACCAGGGGAGAAAUCUCAGAAAUCAUAUGGUAGAGAGACUCUGUGAAAAUAAAGAAGGUAGUCAUAGUGGAGAAGGUUUCAGCCAGAUUCCAAAUCUCAGUCUGAAUAAGAAAACUCCUUCUGGAGGAAAGCUUUGGGAAAGCAGUGUAUGUGGAGAAGUCUUGAGCCAUCAUUCAUCCCUUAACUGGCACAUCAGAUCUUACACCAGACACAAACUGUAUAAGUGUCAGGAAUAUGGAGAGAAGCCGUAUAAAUGUAAGAAAUGUGGGAAACCCUUCAGUUAUCUGCAGUCUUUUAAAAAACAUAAAAGAACACACAGUGCAGGGAUAGUCUACAAAUGUAAGGCCUGUGGGAAAGCCUUCAGUUGUCAACGUUCUUUCCAAAUACAUGGAAGGACUCACACUGGAGAUAAACCCUUUAAGUGUAAAGAAUGUGGAAAAGCAUUCCGAUAUCACCAGUCUGCUCAAAGACAUGAAAAGGCUCAUACUGGAGAGAAACCCUACAAAUGUAAGGAAUGUGGGAAACCCUUCAUUUAUCGCCAUUCUGCUCGAGCACAUGAAAGGAAUCACACUGUACAGAAAUGCUAUGAAUGUAAACAAUGUGGAAAAACCUACAUAUCUUCUGUAGGUUUUCAAGCACAUGAAAGAACUCACACUGGAGAAAAACCCUAUGAAUGUAAAAAAUGUGGAAAAGUGUUUGUAUAUCACAACUCUGCUCAAAGACAUGAAAAGGCUCAUACUGGAGAGAAACCCUACAAAUGCAAGGAAUGUGGGAAAGCCUUCAGUUAUCACUGUACUGCUCAAAAACAUGAAAGGAAUCACACUGCACAAAAACACUAUGAAUGUAAACUGUGUGGGAAAACUUACUUGUCUCCUUUAGGUUUUCAAGCACAUGAAAGUACUCACACUGGAGAUAAACCCUUUGAAUGUAAAAAAUGUGGAAAAGCAUUUAGAUACUACUACUCAGCUCAAAGACAUGAAAGGACUCAUACUGGAGAGAAACCCUACAAAUGUAAGGAAUGUGGGAAAGCCUUUUAUUGUUGCAGUUCUGCCCGAAGACAUGAAAGGAUGCACACUGCAAAGAAACAGUAUGAAUGUAAAAAAUGUGGGAAAACAUACAUUACUCUUGCAGGUUUCCAGAUACAUGAAAGAACCCACACUGGAGAGAAACCUUAUGAAUGUAAACAGUGUGGUAAAGCCUUCAGUAGUUCCAGUUAUAUUCAUAUACAUGAAAGAAUUCAUACUGGAGAGAAACCCUAUGAAUGUAAAGAAUGUGGAAAACCCUUCAGUUUCCUUACAGGCUUUCGCGUACACAUGAGAAUACACACUGGAGAGAAACCUUAUAAAUGUAAGGAUUGUGGCAACGCCUUCAUUUGGCGUGCAUCCUUACAAUACCAUGUGAAGAAAGUGCACGCUGAAUAGAAACUAUAAAUGUAAAAUAUCGAAAGUUUUUCAAUUUUAACGAUUUUCAAAGUUGAUAUGAAAGUUCAUACUGGAGAGUAGUUGCAUGAACGUAAGUAAUACAAGAAAGCCUGAUAUAACUUAAUUCAGGUAUAAUGCUCUAGAAAAUUCAUGCCAUGAAAAAAUAUUAUAAAUGUAUUAUCUUUAUCAGUGCCACAUCCCUUUUUGAUUCUUCCUAGUUUUUAAUAUAUUUUUAUUUUAAAAUAUUUUUAUAUAUGUGUAUAUAUAUGUAUAUAUUUGUAGAGACAGGCAACAUUAUCUUGCCCAGGCUGAUCGCCAACUCCCCUGACCUCAAGUAAUCCUCCCCACCUCAGCCCCGCAAAGUGCUGGGAUUAUAGGCAUGAGCCACCACACUGGGCCAGUUUUUGUUUUUGUUUGUUUGUUUUUUGAGAUGGGUCUUGCCAUGUUGCCCAGGCUGUCCUUGGACUUCUAGGCUCAUGAGAUCCUCCCACCUCAGCUUCCUGAGCAGCUGGGACUACAGGUGUGUGCUGCCUUGCCUGGCUUAGUGCCACAUUCUUAAAGUGGAUAUCUGGACUCGGUUCCUACUUACUUUCAUAAAUGAACAUUGAGGUGAGAUUAUUCUGUAAAUACUCUUUAAGAAAUAGUGCAAAAGUAUAAUUGGUAGUGUUUUUUCCUAAGUCAGUUAAUAAAACUUUUUAAUAAAAUUCCUUAAGUCAGUUAGUAAAAUUUUUUCUAAUAGUUCUGGGCCAUUGAAAAAUGACAGUUUGGUACUGGGAGUUUUCUACUGGCAUCCUGUGGCAGGUAUUGGCUUUCCCUUAUCCAUUAUGUAUAUAUUCCACCUUCCUCAGGAGAAAACCUUUCUUCUUUUUCGUUAGAAGAGCCUUAUUUUAUUUCCCUUGCUAAUGAAUAGUGGGCCAAGGUUAUACAAUAUAGUCUUAUAUAAAUUAUUUCCAUAUUUUGCUCUUUUUCUUUCUGGCCAAGAUAUGGAUGAUAGACUUUGAAUUAAGAAGUAAGAUCUGUGAUAGGACAACACAAUCUAGGUUGGAGGUGUGCCUCUUAGAUUGUGCUAUGUCAUUAUGGGUAACGUGAACUAAAUUUCCUAGAAUCUAUUCCCUUUUGGAUUCCAUGUUGGAAUUCAGCAGUAGCCUAACUGACAUGGAAGUUGGAAGGCAGAACUGAAGAAGGCAUUAGUCAGGUUUUGGACCCAUCUACAUGGAGACAGACAGAUGCAUAGGGACAAAUGAGGGCUUGCAGGAAAAUCCAAACUGCAAAUAUAUCUUUGAUGUGAAGAUUGUGGAGACAUCUGUGGAACCCUACCCGUCUGAGAAAAUAGACAGUGGUGUUUUAAAUAAACUCCUGAUUGUCAGGACAAAGUAUCAGGAAAACAGGCAGGAGGCCGGUGUCCACGCAGUCCCCUUGCAGCCUUCUUAAGUUCUGCCUCCCAAUUUUCAUGUCAUUAGGCUACUGGUGAAUUCUAACAUGGAAAAAAAAAAAAGAUUCUAGAAAAUGUAGUUAACAACAUUACCCAUAUCAACAUAAUCCACCAGGCAACUAAUUAAAACUGUCAUGGUUGAGGGUAUUUUCUGUUGUUCUGACUCCCCUCAUCUCUAGAUUAUAUUCAAACAAGAUCUAAUUUGCAUAGUAAACACUUCAUUCUGUUAAUACUGGUAAUAACUGUGUUCCUGAUUCCCCUGUGACAGCUACAAUGAUACAGUCACAUAGAACAACAUGGGGGCUUGUUUGUCUGUUGCAUUAUGCAGUAACUGCUGUGACACAGUCUAUGUGAAAACAAAUGUCUUAGGCAGAUCGUGAGAAUUUCCAAUUACAGCCAAAUGUGAUCAUGUGCACAUUCUCAAUUAUGUUUGUAUGUGAUAAAAACAAUGCAUUUUUAUCAACUUCUGCAGGUAUUUCUUAGAAAUAUUUUAUUAACUCUUUUAAAACAAUUUGUGUACUAACAACUAUUGUAUUAAUAUUUUCCAUUACCUGAGAAUAUAUAUUAAAAUAUCCCAUUGCAAUUAUGCAUUUUCAGGUCAACUUUGUAAUUUUGUCAGGUUAUUCAUUAUACAUUCUAAAUAAUGAGUCAGUAUUACCAUUUGCAUAAAAGUCCAAGUACUUUUUUUCUUUAAAAAAUGUUAAAGAAAAUGUAAAGGAAAAAAUUUUUUUUAAUUCUUACAUGGUCACAAUUUUUCUCAUGAAUCUAAUUUCUCACUUAGAAUACCACAGGAAAAACGCAUGCUUUUGUCUGUACCAUCUUGCCAAAGACCACUAGAAUCACACCUAUAGUCACAGAGUGGCGUGUAAAGAGUUGUAAUAAGGAUGAACACAAAGCAUCAGCGAUGGAGGGUUAUCAAUAAGAGGGUGCUCAAGAGGACUUCUUACAGGAUUUGUUUCUUUUAGGUGAUUCCACUGCCAUUCAACAAAGUGAGGUGUUUGUAUUGGAUGCUGUUAGGUGAACUCAAUUCCAUUGCCAUUCAACAAAGUGAGGUGUUUGUAUUGGAUGCUGUUAGGUGAACUCAAUUCCAUCCUUGGAAAUUCUAAUAGUUCUUAUCUAGGAGGCAGAAAGAGUGGCACUAACCCUAAUUCAUAAGAAGCACAAGUCAUAUUAGGAGAUUUCUGGUCAUUUUUAAGGUUUGGAGUCUGUUUUCUUUUAGGUUAUCGGAGACAUGGUUACAGAAUUUCGUUUUGAUCCAUUAUGGUCACCUGGUAGCUUUGUCUGAUGGAGGUUCGUUACGGUUUUCAACAGGGUAAGACUUCGCCUUGUGGUGAGUUGGGGAGCAGCUGUCAUUGGGAACAGCUUUUGCUUUUCUCAUUAUCUCAACACAAGUAUUUGCUGUGGUAUAAUGGACACUGUACCUCAGUUAAAUUGUUGACCAAAAUUAAGUCUGUUGAGGCAGAAAUAAUUUGAUAAAGGCUAAUCAAAGCCAAAUGUGAGGAUCGGCCUGGGAAGCACCAACAAGUUGUAUAUGUUUCAAAGUCUAUUACAAGUUGGAACGCUCUUAUAAGUUUAGGAGGCCAGGUGCUGUGGCUCAUGCCUAUAAUUCCAUGUACUUGGGAGGAUUGCCUGAGGCUAGGAAUUUGGGACCAACCUGGGCAACAUAGGGAGACUUCAUGUCUAAAAAAAUAAAUUAAUUAUUAGCUGGGCAUAAUGGUGCCCAAUUGUAGUCCCAGUACUCAGAAGUGUGAGUCAGGAAGAUCGUUUGAAUCCAGGAGUUCAACACCAACCUGGGUAACAUAAUGAGACCCCUCUCAUCUCAAAGAACUAACAAAUUAAGAAAAAUAGACUGGUUUCUGCAUUUUUUCAAAGAAGACAUACAAAUGGCCUGAAAGCAUAUGAAAAGGGACUUAAUAUCACUAAUCAUUAGAGAAAUUCAAAUCAAAACCACAAUUACAUGUUACCUCAUACAUGCAAGGAUGGGUACUAUCAAGAGAGAUUAGUGUUAGAGUACAGAGAAAAAGGAAGCUUUGUAUACUGUUGGUGGAAAUGUACAUUGGUACAGCCAUUGUGAAAAACAAUAUGGAGGUUCCGCAAAAAACAAAACAAAACAAAAAAAAACCAUAUGAUCCAACAGUCUCGCUCCUGGGUAUAUGCAUGUAUGCCCAAAGGCAGUGAUCAGUAUUUCAAAGAGAUAUCUGCCACCCGCAUAUGUUCAUUACAGCAUUAUUCACAAUAGUCGACAUAUGGAAACAAACUUAGCAUCCAUUAAUGGAUGAAUAAAGAAAAUGUGAUGUAUAUUUAAACAGAAUAUUACUCAGCCAUAAAAAGGAAAUCCUGACAUUUGUCACAUGAAUAAACCUGGUGGACACUAUAAAAUAAGGCAGACAUAGGCAAAUACUUCAUGAUCCCACUUAAUUGUGGAAUCUUAAAAACUCAAACUCAGGCAGAGGGAGGAACGGUGGUUACUAGAGUCCAGAAGGUAGGGAAAAUGGAGAAAUGUUGGUCAAAGGUUAAAAACCAAGUUGUAAGGUGAACAAGUUCUGGAGAUUUAAUGUACAGCAUGGGUGGUCAUCAAUGUGUUAAUUUGACUGUGGUAACCAUUACAGAAUGUAUAUAUAUACAUCAAAACAUAACUGUAUAUCAUAAACAUAUACAAUCUUUGUGAAGUAUUUUAAAAUAAAAAAGGAAUGUUUACUGAA